CAGCAGAUGUUGGAUGGUUGCUUCCUCCAGAAUGAUGGGUUGUGGGAACGGUAAGGUGCUGCCCGAGGCAUCCAAGAAGGGCUAUGUAAGCGUGGUGCAAUCACUUGUGGUUUUUAGUAAAAAACAAGAAGAUGAUGAGCCAAAGAAGCACAAAGAGAAGCGAAGAGGUCCGUGGUUUUCUUCCAGCGUUGACAGUCCUCGGCUUACAUCAAACAGCCGACAGCAGUCCAGACGAGGACGGAGCAAAGCUGCCAGCUAUAAGGACAAGUUUGAGCCACGUGUCACUGCACGAUAUGACAUCAAGGCGCUGAUUGGUCGUGGAAGCUUCAGCCGCGUUGUGCGUGUGGAGCACAGGGCGACUCGGCAGCCCUUCGCCAUAAAAAUGAUGGAGGUGGAGGCCCCGCAGGGACGUGAGGUGUGUGCAUCUGAGCUGGCCGUGCUGCGGCGGGUGAACCACGCUAAUGUGAUUCAGAUGAUCGAGGUGUUCCAGUUUCCUCAGAGGGUUUACAUGGUGCUGGAGCUGGCGACAGGUGGGGAGCUGUUGGACCGGGUCGUCAGCAGGGGUCACUUCACCGAGCAAGACGCCACCCAGGCUCUACAGAUGGUUCUGGCUGGGGUUGGAUACCUGCACAGCCUCGGUAUCACCCACAGAGACUUGAAACCUGAGAAUAUUCUGCACUACCACCCCGGAGCCGACUCCAGGUUGGUGGUGACUGACUUUGGAUUGGCCACUUUUGGCGGCACAAUCGCAGAAUCUGAGAUUUGUCAAACUGGAGAAGGCCGGUCGUGGUCUUUGAGCACCACCUGUGGAACCCCAGAGUACAUGGCCCCUGAAGUGUUGCUGAGGAAAUGCUAUACGUGUGUGGUGGACAUGUGGGCUGUGGGGGUGAUCACCUACAUCGUGCUGAGUGGAUGCAUGCCGUUUGAGGACGACAGCCGCACACGACUCUACAGGUCCAUUGUGAGAGGAAAAUACAGCUUCCAUGGAAAUCCUUGGCCCUCGGUGUCCGACUUGGCAAAAGACUUCAUCGCGCGCCUUCUGGUGUUGGACCCGGCCACCCGCCUCACCGCCGACCAAGCCGUCCGACACCCCUGGGUGGUCACCAUGGCAGCCAGCUCCUCCGUGACGAACCUCCAUCGAUCUAUUUCCCAGAACCUCUGGCAGCGGGCGUCACGCGGCGCCACCCGGUGCCCGAGCGGCGCCGCGAGCUCCAAAAGAAGCCAGCAUCAGCAGCUGGAAUGAGUCAGACAAGCUAAAGCCAGAAGGCAUCAGGAGAACUAAAGCAUCAGAUUAAUGACGAGGCUGGCAAAGAGAUGGAACCAGGUGCUCCAUCCCGGCAUGGAUUGCAAUUACAAUCCUCCGAGCACCAAACAUGGAGCCCAAAUGCUCUCACCAAGAAAGUUUCCUGGAUUUCAGUCAGGCUUCUUUUCUACCGGUGUAAUAACCCAGGUUCCCCUAAAGGCUGGUUUCCAUCUUCCACUAGUUUCUUGUGGGUGAAUAUCCUUCACUUUUGAGGUCCAGGGCCAAUCCGGAGACAGAGCUGUCCACCUCCACAAAAUCCCUCGCCCCUGGUUAUCCACACAGCUCAGGCUAAUGGGUUCAAGGUCUCAUUUAGAUCAUUAUGAGUCACUGCAUUACCUGCCUCAUUCGAAAAAACUGAGAAAUUCGUCAUUGGAGGAAUAGGAGCUAAUCUUAGCCGGGGUGAUGUAAAAGUAGAAAAAAAAUCCCUUCUUUUGCUCUGAUCUUUUUCCCUUUUUUUCUUUCUUUAACUUUUUAAAUCGAACUCGCCACCACAAAGCAGCAUGAAAACAGUAAACCCUUUACUGUUUUCAUACUUGGAGUGUGACAGCGCUGUUGUCUUCGCUCUUUGUUGUUACUCCUCCUACCGGAGCACCCACAGUCCUGUGUAACCACCGAAAGCACAAUCCAGAUAUUUGUUGACAGGCCUCUAUCAAGUUAAGAUGAAGCUGUGGGUAUAAAGAGCUCACUCUGUCUCUCCUCUUCCCCCGAACAUUACGUAAGCUGUAAACAACAGCGUUUCUGGUGAGAACUUUGAAAGUAAAAUCGUACGUGACAGGUGGGGGAAAAGCUGCGAGAGUGGAUUAAAAUGCAAGUAGGAUGGAAAACAGAAUUACCAGUGAAAUCCAGCCUUAUUCAACAACAUCAUACGGUGUCUGUUGUGGAUUUUGCCAUUU